AUGUCGACCCCGACCACGCCGAUCGCCUCGUUCAAGCGCAUGCCGCUGCCGCAGCGCUGGCGUCCUUGGAGCCAACCCGUCGACGAGUCAGUCGUGCGCAGAACGACUUGUGGGCUUUUGAACAAGGUGGCCGGUGCUACGUUCGACGCUAUCGCUGGACGCUUCGUCGAUGUGGUCGUGCGCGCAGAGCGGAGAGGAGACGCGACGGCUGUGGAGGCCUGUGCGGGGUUGAUUGUACAGCGGUGUGUAGCAGACCCCCCUCGCCUUAACCUCUAUGCCAGGAUGGUCCAGCGCGCGGUAGACGAGGCUGAAGGAGAAGAUCUGCGCUGGCGGGGCGUGGAUCCGUACUACCUGGUGAACCCGGCAGCGUCCCUGCAAUCUACCCUUAGGACUGCUGUGUUAGACGAGCUGCAACUUGCGCUCGCCUCGGACGGUUCGGAGGACGCUUUGACCUUGGCAGCCUUCGUCGGAGAGCUUCUCACUCUCGGCGUCCUGAGCUGCGGUGACGUCCAAGACCUCGUCAACCUGCUCUUUACGGAGACCGGAAAGAGUUCCGACCACCACUGUAUCGCCCUCUGCCGAAUCCUCCGCCGCGUUGUCUCAUCGACAGAGGCAUCUCCGAUAGUUGACGGGCUCUCCUUGGUGGAGCAUAUCGAGAGUGUCCUCGAAGAGGAUACGAUAUCGCUCAAAAUUCGAUAUAUAAUGAUGGACAUGCUCGACCAAUGCUUGUACCCCAGACCUCAGGAUGUCUUCUCUUCCGACCUGCAGCGGAGCGAGGUAUACGGCCUCCGCGAUGACGAUGACGAAGAGGACAACGUAACGAGUCUGCCAACGCCCCUCAUGCUGUCCUCGAACGAACCCCUCCCCAUUUUCGAGCAAUGUCACAAGGAGGCCAAGGCCGUCUUCGCAUCCAGGGAUCUGCGCCGCGCCGAGAGCUUCUGCAAGUCAUUACGGACCGGGCGGCGCUAUCGCUUCGUACGGGCGAUGGUGUCCGUCGCUCUCGCAGGCGGCGAUGACGCGGACGCGAACUUCGUCGCUACCUUCCUCUCCGAACCUACCUCACGAAACCUAGUGGACACGGCUGGAGCGCUGGCGAAAGCCUUCGAGCCCGAGGUGGCUGCGCUCGAGGACACCGUCCUGGACAUCCCCUCUGCGUACCGGCUUAUGGCAAUCAUACUUUCCGCAGCCGCGCUGUCCCAGGAGGACCUCGAAGACCUCGCCUCUCGGAUCAUCGUGAGGGAGAAUGCGGCGCGCGAACUUCUCUUGGACGAGGUUGCGUCGCUCAGCCUAGCUCCUGCGGACGAGACAUUCCGGCUGAGCGCGGUGGUGGAGGAGACGUCCGAGGAUGAGGCACCCUCCUCGGAAUACGCCAUCGCCUACUAA